AUGAGCACGAGACGUCCAAGAAGACUUUUAGCUGCUUGUCAUAGAUGUCAUUCUCAAAAGAUCAAGUGUUCUGGUGACAAGCCGUGCCAAUCUUGCAAUUCUACAGGUAGGGCGGGCGAAUGUGAGUUUCCAGCCAACAAGGAGCGCAAGGUUCCCGUUUCUGAAAGUUAUCUCAAAAAGCUCGAAGACGAUAGUCGAAAACUACAAGCCAUUGCCAGCCACAACCAAACACCAGAGACCGAACCAGCCUUUACUCCCCUCGACAGUCAAUCUCAAAAUGACUACGAUCCACCAUCACUCUCAAAAGAAGAGAGUAAUCUUUUUAAUCCGCUCUUCGAUAGACAGCCCGAAAGGCCCAUCCAAGAACGUUCCUCCGAACCAGGUUUCAUAGGCGAAGCUUCGUGUGCUGCCUUUAGCAACCGACUCUUGUCAUGUCUCGACGACACAUAUACGCCUUCGACAGCUGGUUUGUCGAACUACCACAAAUUGAGCACAUAUGCAAGGUUACCCGCGGCGCAAGGGUCAGAGUUUCCAGAACGGAUGCAUGUGAAGCUACUCCUCAACGUGGCACGGCGUUUCAUUGGGAAUUACCACCCUUUGUUUCUCGAGGUUACCUUUAUGAAGGAGAUUGAUGCUGUAUAUCGAAGAGAAAUGGUUCCUUCGUCGCUGUGGCUUUGCAAGUUCUACGCGCUCAUGGCUUUGGGGGAAAUAUACACCCACAGAAGGGGCGUCGGAGACAAUAAUAGAGUACCGGGCACGAAUUAUUACGUCAGGGCAGUCAGUUUACUGCAGGAGAAUCAAGACUACUACGAAGAGCCGUCUUUGAUGCAGGUCGAAGUUCUCACAUUGCUAGCCUGGGCUUCUAAUGUGCUGGGCCGCAUCCGAACAGCAUACUGCUACAGUGGAAUCGCCAUGCGUCUAGCCCAAAGUCUGGGCAUGCACAGAUCCGCAUCGCGACACACAACCCUCACACCAGUUGAGCGAGAAAGUCGAACACGGACAUGGUGGGUUUUGUACUUUUUCGAUCGUUUCUCUGCGUCCAAGCUGGGUCAGCCCAUUACAGUCAGAGACGAAGAUAUAGACGUCGAGAUGCCAAGUCAGGAGGGUUUGACGAAGGAUGAGAUGGCCGAGUUUCUGGAUCCGCAAAAUCUCAUCACGAAUAUUAAGCUGGCGAGGAUAAUUGGAAACAUCUUGACACACAUCUACGGCAUACCGAAAGCUACGAAUGGUCUCUAUAUCCAUCAAGUACAUGGUAUACUGAAGCAGCUUCGAGAAUGGCACGACGAAUUACGAACCGAUAUGCGCGUCAAAGAGCGCGGAACUCCUAGACCCGUGGCAAGUCUUCAUCUGGCAUAUUACCAAUGCAUCAUACAAACAACGCGCCCUGUUCUACUACAUCUAUUCAAGACACAAUUCCAACUGGGCACCAAACCAAGAGACGACGCUGCACCUCGACAGAACGUUUCAUCCAUCACACUGGCCCUUGCAGAAAGUUGCGUCAACGCUGCACAGGCAUCGAGUCGCAUCGUUGAGGGAUUAUUUCUAGAUGGCAGUAUCGCCACGUUUGGAUAUUGGGAUGCACAUCACAUCUUUUCAGCAGCCAUGAUUCUCAUCAUGUCAGCUGUCAUGAAACCCACAGCCGUCAACUCGGAUCAUCUCGAGACAUUACUCAGUGUUUUACGAUCCUUAAAAAACGACGGGAAUAUUCCAGCCGUGGACUUUUGCGAGAGAUUAUCACAUAUCCAAACUCGAGUUUCGACACUUAGAGCAACGGGACGCUUAGAUGGUGUACCGCCUACCACGAGACCACCCUCACCGAAUGAAAAUCUCGAUUCGUCUGGUCAGAACCAACCUUUCCAAACGCCAAUGAGCAUGGACACGGAGUGUAAUACUGGGGUGGUCGAUUAUAACGAUGUGGAUAUUCUGGGAAAUCCACUUAUCGGGAGCUUUUUGGAUGGGAAUCAGGUUCAGUGGCUAGAUGUGCUUUUUGCAGAGGAUGGGACGCUGAAAGAGUUUGCUUCAGAGAUUGAAGAUCAGUUUUUGUUUAGAUAG